AACACAAGUCUACUAUAUUCCCAACCAAACUUGUCAAAAAUGGCAGGGGAAACAGAGGACGAGGACUACGUGCGCCAAGUGGCUCUUUUGGACUCGUAUUACAUUUUAAUCAAAUCUCAGCUGUUGCAACAUCAGAGUCCUACAAUUGGGCUCUUUCCAGCUGCCACUGGUGAUGUCAAGAAAUCCCGUGUGGCUCAUGUAAGAGACAGCAUCUAUUGUGCUGUGGCAACUUGGACACUGGCCCUAGCAUACAGGAAAAUUGACAAUGACCAUGGUCGGACAUACGAGCUGGAGCAAAGUGCCGUGAAAUGCAUGAGGGGAAUACUCUAUUGCUACCUGCGACAAGCAGAGAAGUUGGAGAAGUUCAAGUACACAAAGGGAGAGGACAACGCCCUUCAUUGUCGCUAUGACAUGGUACGGGGAAACAUGCUACCUGACAGCUAUCACCACUUACAGAUUGACCUGGUGUCCCUCUACCUGCUCUACCUGGUUCAGAUGAUUUCGUCAGGGCUACAGAUUAUUUGGACACUUGACGAGGUUAGCUUCGUUCAGAACCUUGUGUUUUACGUGGAAAGAGCUUACCGAAUCCCAGAUUAUGGCAUGUGGGAGAGGGGCAGCAAGUAUAACACAGGAAAAUGUGAGCUCAACGCCAGUUCUAUUGGCAUGGCCAUUGCAGCAUUAGAAGCAAGCAACGGCUUCAACCUCUUUGGUCGUGAGGGAACCUCCUGGUCUAUCUUGUACGUUGACCCAGAUGCGCACGGCAGGAAUCGAACCAUCCUACAAACUCUGCUGCCAAGGGAGAGCAGCUCCAAGAACACAGAUGCCUCCCUUAUUCCUACCAUUAGCUUCCCAGCCUUCGCUGUCAAAGAUGAAGCCGUUAAAAAUCGGACGUUUGAUAAGAUCAUCCGUAAGUUGAAGGGGAAAUACGGCUUCCGGCGUUUCUUGAGAGACGGCUAUGGAACGGUGCUGGAAGACAAGAAUAGGACGUACUACCGACCUGCAGAAAUCAAGAUGUUUGACAACAUAGAGGCUGAAUGGCCCAUGUUCUUUGUGUACAUGAUGAUCGAUGGUACUGCCAAAGGGGACACCAGACAAGUAGAGGAAUACCAUAAUCUUCUCCAGCCACUGCUGAAGAAAACAUCUAAUGGAUUUGUGCUUCCUAAGUAUUACUAUGUGGAGAGAAGACACAUUGAAGCUGAGAGGAAAAACCCCCACAGUCAACCGAGAGAAGCUAGCCGUGAAGGCGAGCAGCCUGAUCAGCUCUUCCUAUGGGGGCAGUCGGUGUAUCUCAUUGCCUGCUUGUUGAAGGAUGGACUCGUUGAUAUGGAUGAGAUUGAUCCAGUAGGGAGAUAUCUGCGCUCAUCAGUGAGGUCAACAAUGAAACACAACACCAGAUACUCUGCAUUUGAGAAUACUUCUAAGGACCUGACUGUUCAGAUGGCUUUCAUCGCUGAGAGUGCUCGACUGCAAGCGACAUUACAAACUUACGGGAUACAGACCCAGACCCCAACUCAGGUUGAACCCAUACAGAUAUGGCCACCUGCUGAACUCAUCAAGGCGUAUCAAUUCCUUGGCCACAAUGACAAGCUCGGGUUGACUGGUCGACCCCCUCGACCCAUCGGUAGCUUGGGCACCUCCAAGAUCUACCGCAUCCUGGGCAGGACCAUCCUUUGCUACCCACUACAGUUUGACUUGACGGAUUUCUACAUGUAUCAGGAUCUCUCGCUCCUCGUGGAUGAUAUCAAGAGCCUUGUAGCUUUCAUGAGGAGAUCUUGGACGAUGUCUGGCCGCCCAACAAUCUGCAUUCUCAUCAAGGAAGAUCAUUUCAAUGGGCCCAAGGGGUCAGAGAUGCUGGACAUGCUGGCCAUGUUCAAGAGAGGCACAUGCGGGGGCAUUCGAGUCAAAGUAGACCGUCUCCAGACGCUGCUUGCCUCCUCGUUCGUGGAACACUUGGACUUCCAGCUACCGGAGGGAGUUGCCUCCAUGGUGCUAUUCAAGAGGCUAGAGGAGCUUAACGUUGACCAUCUUCCACUGAAAGCCAAGAGCAGGCAUCUCAGCUCACCUCGGUCCUUAGAGUAUGAGAUAGAGGUCUUUGACAUCAAGAAAUACGAGCAUAUGCAGUCCUGGGAACUUGUGGAAAAACUUCGGCACAGCAUCAACAUGGAAAUGCAGUCUGGAAUUCUGGGAAUACUGCUGCAUCGGGAAGGGUUUAAUUACCUGACAGAUAAAGGUACAGUCGGGGAAUCACUGAACAAACUCUACAUCCGUGCUGGUGUCAAGGAAGACUGGUCCACGGUCAGAUACUGUGCCAGCAUCCUGCGCAAAGUUGUGGACAGUUUGUCUCCUUCCAUCACAUCCAUGUUGGUCAGCGGGAAAAUUGUCACGAUUGGCGUCUUUGGCCAUGAGGAGGAACUCAUCCUGCGACCCCUGAACCCCAACGAGAUCACGGACAUCAUCUUUGACCGUUGCCAGAAGUACGACGUGCGGGAGGCGGUAAUGCAGCAGGAGAUCAUCAUCACGCUGGGCAAGCUGAUAGGCACCCGCCCCGAACUCUUCCACAGCAUGCUCAAGAUUAGAACAGGGUGCGAAGGAUAGUCAUCCCAGGGGAAAGAAUCCUAAUCUUAGGCCGUCCGAGAUUCAUCGAAAUCCUCCAUCAGGAAGGGAAAUGGGAAUACAGAGUGACAAAGGGGUCCAUUGCCCUGCAUUUGCCAUGUCGUUUCUUUAUUUUAACGAAUCUGGGUAUGUCCCUUCGUCGAGCCCAGUCAUGAUUUUAUUCCGGACUCAGUACCAGCCAAGAAUUUGAUAAAGAUGCAAUGUCACCCCUCCUCCAUUCUUUAUAGUCUGGUCCGUCGCAUUUGUGGCUUAACUUUGGCCAGUACUAAUUGCUUCA